CUCAGAGAUUGAGACUCACAGAGUGAGAAAAAUGCAGAUUUCGCCACAUUUCAACAGAAUUGUUGAGUCGUUGAUAGUAGAUGGAAAAUUUGGUGUCUGCAAUGGAAUAGUCAGAAUCGACGAUGUGAAAUCAGGAAGCAGAACAACACAUAAAGGACCUUGUGGAGAUCGGUUUAAGGUGUACAUUCCCUAUGCAGGCCAAACACUAACUUGGGAAGUUAUUUUAGAAAAUUCCUGCCCAGAGGAGCCACCAGACUUCAUUUUUGAAGAAACAGAUUUUUGCCCAAAUGUAGCAGAUGUCAAGAGUUUGUUGGACUGGGACAUUGAUAAUCCUAACUGUUUGAUUGAGGUCAUCAAAGAACUGCUGGAGCAUUACAAGACUUUCCAGGAGAGAUUAUUAGAAGCCCAUUCUAGACUGCAAUUUGAGUACACCUCCUUAGUGGAUCACACCGAGUUAUCUCGAGAUCUAAUUGAAGUGUACUCAGAAAGAUCAGAACAGAGAGUGGGCCCAAUAAACUUUCUCAUAAAACUUCCCAUAGAUUUUACAGACAUUCCUCCAUACCUCACAAAAGAUAACCCAGGUGAUAAUUCAGCAGUUCUUCUGAUAUCUUUUCCAUCCCCAGACAGUUCUAGAGUAACUCCUCAGUUAUAUUUAUCACCAAGAGUGGAACGUGCCUUUGGUGGCUCCAGUAACUUAAGGAUACCUUCCUUCCCCAAUGGAGGUUGUUUGUUAGAUUAUGUUCCCAAUGUCUAUAAGCUUUUACAAAAUAAGGUGGAGAAAACAAUUCAGAUGUUUGAAAAAAGAAAAGAUUUAAUAGCUGCCUUUUUAAGUCAGUUUGGCAGAUCAGUGCUGGAGUUUGAUGCAGAGGGAUUCUCUGAAAUUUCAUUUCUCUUUGAGUGGAAUGAUUUUUUCUUCAUUUUGUAUGUUGAGUUACCUCAGUCAUUUCCACAAGAGGCUCCAGUGUUGACUUUUCAGUCGAUUUAUCAUGAGUCUAAGGAAAAGCCUUAUGUUGAGAUACAUGACAGAUAUCCAUACAGUCCUAGGUGGAGUGGAACAGAGAUGGUCUCCAGAAUCAAGUCCUACAUUCUGGACAAUAUCCAAGCUUUCCAAAAGCAGUCUGUGAUGAGUGGGUCAAUCUAAUGAAUAGACUUUCCUGCUACUUGUAAAUUUGCAUGUCUAGUCAACAUGUAUAUGUUUAAUCAAAAUUACACAAAUUCAAUGAAUAAAA